AGUGACUCUAACCCAACCAGCGAAGCUCUCUGGCGACCAUGGCCAAGAAAAGGAUCGCUGUAAUUGGAUCAGGAGCCAGCGGGCUCACCUGCAUCAAGUGCUGCCUAGAAGAGGGCUUGGAACCUGUCUGCUUUGAAAAGUCUGAUGACAUCGGAGGGCUGUGGAGGUACCAGGAAAACCCUGAGGAAGGAAGGGCCAGUAUUUAUAAGUCUGUGAUCAUCAACACUUCCAAGGAGAUGAUGUGUUUCAGUGACUACCCUAUUCCAGAUCAUUACCCUAACUUCAUGCACAACUCCCAGGUCCUGGAGUAUUUCAGGAUGUACGCCAAAGAGUUUGGCCUUCUCAAAUAUAUCCAAUUCAAGACCACAGUGUGCAGCGUGAAGAAGCAGCCUGAUUUCUCUACCUCAGGCCAGUGGCAGGUGGUCACUGAGCAUGAAGGGAAAGAGCAGGUAGACGUCUUCGAUGGAGUCCUUGUUUGCACAGGUCAUCACACAGACCCUCACCUGCCCCUGGACAGCUUUCCUGGAAUUGAAAAGUUCAAAGGAAAGUACUUCCACAGUCGAGAAUAUAAGAACCCAGUGGAAUUUACCGGGAAAAGGGUCAUUGUCAUUGGCAUUGGGAAUUCUGGAGGAGACCUGGCCGUAGAGAUCAGCCACACAGCCAAGCAGGUGUUCCUCAGUACCAGGAGAGGAGCUUGGAUCUUGAACCGCGUAGGGAAGCGUGGGUAUCCUAUCGAUAUUCUGCUUUCUUCUCGAAUUACCAACUAUCUGUCCAAGAUCUGUGGCUCCGCCCUGAAAAACAGAUACAUGGAAAAACAGUUGAACCAAAGGUUUGAUCAUGAAAUGUUUGGCCUGAAGCCUAAGCACGGUGCUCUGAGUCAGCAUCCAACGAUAAAUGAUGACCUGCCCAAUCGUAUCAUUUCUGGCUUGGUGAAGGUGAAAGGCAAUGUGAAGGAAUUCACAGAGACAGCCGCCAUAUUUGAAGAUGGCUCCAGGGAGGAUGACAUUGAUGUGGUCAUCUUUGCCACAGGCUACAGCUUUGCCUUUCCUUUUCUUGAGGACUCUGUCAAAGUAGUCCAAAACAAGGUCUCCUUGUAUAAAAAGGUCUUUCCCCCUAACCUGGAAAAACCAACUCUUGCAAUCAUCGGUUUGAUUCAGCCCUUGGGAGCCAUUAUGCCUAUUUCAGAGCUCCAAGGACGCUGGGCCACUCAGGUGUUCAAAGGGCUAAAGAAAUUGCCCUCCCAAAAUGAAAUGAUGGCAGAAAUAAAUAAGACUCGAGAGGAAAUGGCAAAAAGGUAUGUGGACAGCCAGCGUCAUACCAUCCAGGGAGACUAUAUAGACACCAUGGAAGACAUUGCAGAUUUGGUGGGUGUCAGGCCCAAUCUCCUGUCUCUGGCCUUCACCGACCCUAAGCUGGCAUUCCAGUUACUUGUAGGACCCUGUACUCCGGUCCAGUAUCGUCUACAGGGCCCGGGGAAGUGGGCUGGAGCCCGAAAAACUAUUCUCACCACAGAAGAUCGUAUACGAAAGCCUCUGAUGACAAGAGUGGUGGGAAGGGACAGCUCUGGGACGUCACUGGUGACUGUGCGUGUCCUCAUGCUGGCUGUCACUUUCCUGGCUGUCAUCCUGGCUUAUUUUUAGAUGUGGCGGCUCAAUGCUCCCGCUUCCACUGGAAAGCGCCAUCUAGCGACACCUUCAGAAAUGACAAGAUUGAACACUCAGCUUCAUACUGCGCAGGAAUCAAUCACAAUCAGUCAAUCAAUCAAUCAAUCUCUCUCUCUCUGCCUCUCUCCUUCUCUCUUCUCCCUUCCUCCCCCUCUCUCUCCUCCAUCAAUCAUUAGUCUUUCUUGUUUUUCCUUCUGUGAUACUGGGUUUUCAUUAAUUAAUUCAUCUCCUCUCUCUCUUGAGCCUCUAAUUUCUCCCGGUAGUUUCCAGGCCGUGAGCUCAGGCCUCUCUUGUCAUCUUUGUAUGUCAUUAGCAGAGUUCUCUUAGUGCUUGACUCUGUUGUGUUUCUAAUAUUGCACAGCUAGACCUCGUUGGAUGACAACACCACUUGAAAAGAUUGCUCACAUCAUCAAGCGCUUACUGGCUAGAACUUGACCUUGUAAGCAGAGCCCAUGUGCCUAUUCCUGGAAUCCCCACGGAGGGACAGUACAGAAAGAAGAACCAUCUGGUGCUGAGGGCUGGAAGUCCAAGAUCAAGGGUGCAGACAAUGAGGAACUUCUGGCCUCGUGAUUAAUACAGUGAGGGUAUCAUAUGGGCAAGACAGAAAAUACAUUGUUAGCUAAGUUCCAACAUGUGGCACAUGCUGAAUAGAUGUUCAUUGGUGUUUAUGAAAUAAGGUGGCAUCUCUAAGUCAAUCUAAUAAAUAAGUGGCUGACUCCACAGAA